AUGCAACUUAAAUGUUUCCAUAUUACAGAAUAUUACCAAGCCUUUAAAUUGUUCGAUAAUAAAGGCAAUGAUACUAUUCCAUCCGAAGCUUUAGGUGACUUGUUACGUGCUUUAGGACAAAAUCCUUCUCAAGCCGAAGUUCUCGAACUUACUAAGAAAGCUGGAAGCAAUAUUACUUUUGAAAAAUUUGUGUCAAUUCUUGAACGCCCUGGUGGAUUUGCACCAGCAGCCACCUAUGAAGAAUUUGUUGAAGGGUUUCAAGUUCUUGACAAAGAUCGAAGCGGAUACAUAUCUGCUGGUGAAUUAAGAUAUGUUUUAACAAGUCUAGGCGAAAAACUUAGUGAGGGAGAAGUUGAAGAGUUAUUGAAAACAGUCGAAAUUGAUAAGAAUGGUAACAUUAGAUAUGAAG